AUGAUCCCAGAAAGAAUGCGAAAAAUGUGUGCCCAGCACCUGAUCCACCGUUUUUUCGGCAAAUUUCUAGAAAAUCAGAUCCCCCUUGAUCGAUUAUCAUUAAAUCUAACCAAAGGACAUGUUGAAGUCGAGGAAAUUAACUUGCAUGUCGAGGUAAUCAAAGAACAUUUUGGAAAUUCAUCAUUUUUUGCAGUAUUUCAAUGAAAUAUUGACGAAAAUGAACGUCCCUUUCGUUUUGGUCGACGGGUAUAUUGGUAAAUUUAGGGCUGGUGAGUCGAAAUUCAAAAAUUUGAGAGCUGAAAAUUAAAAAAAUAAUUCCAAAUUUGAGAAAAAUAUUUUUUUAUUUAAAAAUUAUCAUUUUUUUGAGGUUUUUUUAAAAAAAUUUUGUGCGUACAAUAUUCCGAAAAAAAUUGCGAAAAAUCUCGAAUUUUAAGUCGAUUUUAACUAUUUUUUUACGCAUUAAAAAGCAAGAAAUAUGCAAUUUCACGUGUGAUUUUUUAACGCUCAGAAAUGAUUUCCCAUUAAAAUGUACGUUUCACGAAAUCUUUUUAUUUCUUCCUAUUAUCUUACAAUUUGUUUAGUUGAUUACAUGAUCUACUAUAUAAAUUAGGACAUUUUUCGGAAAGUUAGGCCUUGCAUUUGUUAAAUACGGCCUUCAGAUAAUUAGGACACUUUUUUUCACUUUUUUAAACUUUUUUCAUAAUAAAUUCGUUGUUUUUUCACGGAUUAGUUUUUUAUUCUGUGUUUUCUAUUCGUUUAUUUUUAUUUUUUGAAUGCAUCUGUAAAUAUUUUGGUUCAGAUGAAAAUUUUUUUGAUUUUCAAUUUUUUUGAAUUAUUUUCUUCGAAAAACAUUUUUUUGCAUUUUUUUAUCAUUUCAAGGUACUUCAGAACAUAGUGCUAUUCAAAUUUUGCCAGGAAAAAGAAGAUGGAAAAAAAUUAAUUUUUCAUUUAUUUUUUUCUUUGUCAAAAAUUUUUUUCGUUUUAAGAAAAAAAUGUGUUUUAUCGCAAAAAAGGACCGAGUCAUUUUUUUUCAUGAUAAAUAAGUCAAAAAUUGAAUUUUCAAAAUGAAUGAAGGAAACUAUAAAAAUUAGUAAAAAAAAAAGAUAGUAUGAAAAAAAAAAUUAAUAUCCUAAUGUGAAGGUCGUAUUACACAAAUACAACAUACGACCUAACUUUCCAAAAAAAUCACUUUCCGGAACUUUCGUAGUCUCCAUCCCGUGUUCAAAGUAAUUUCCGCGAAAUCCAAAAAAAUCUCUGACUUUCCAAAAUUUAAUUAUAUUUUUCUCUCUCUGACGGCUUUUUUUUUGAUUUUUUGUAAUCACUUUCAACAUGGCAUUAGGUUUGAUUAGAAUUUUCUACGAAUUUAUUCAAUUUUUCUCUGUUUUUCUCUGCGCCCUCCUCGUCUCUCGGUGACUCUCUCUUUUGGCUGUGCUUUUUUCAUGUUUCUCUGAUCUCGCCGGUGAGGGAACAGAGAGACGCAGACACUAGGAAAAUGCCGAUUCACGAGACUAUACUUUAUAGCUGAUUCACGGUUUGAGACAUCCAAAAAUAGGUCCUGACGCGAUGAAAAAAGAGAGAGUGUCUGGUCGGUGGAGAGCGCAGACAGGCCACGCCCCCUUAGCGUACCAAGCCGUGAAUCGGCUGGAAAUAAAGUUCGCAUAGUGAAAAUCUGUACAAAAGUUUAUUUUUAGAGAUGUGAGUCAUCAAAAAUUUCGUUUUAAGCAGAAAAAAAAAAAUGAAUUUCACAAAAAUUAUAAGAUUUCGCAAUUUUUCACCAUGAAGGACGUGGUUUUAAAGCUUUAUAGAUUUUUUUUUUUGGCAAAUUUCAAGUUUUUUGAACCUCAAUUAUUUCUUAUGAAGAAUAAAAUGCUCAGAAGUUCCAUGGCUAUCACUAAUGUCCAACUCAACCAGAAUACGUGUAGAGGACUUGCAAUUGACUUUCCAGGCCCGCGAAAAAAUCAAAAUCGAAGAUAAAGAGAAAGGUAGCUUCUUCAAAUAAAAAAACAUGAAGAAAUGAAUUUUUCAAGUCGCCGCAAUGGUCGGAAAAAUCGUCGAAAAAUUGACAGUCCCGCCGGAAAGUAUCUUCGAAGAUUCCUCGCAGGAAAAUGUCGACCCCGAUGAGGGAAUCGAGGCGUUUGUCAAGGUUUUUGGUCUUGGAAGUUGGGAAAAUUCCCUAAAAAUGCAUGGGUUUUAUUCAGAAGAAGGGUUUGUACUAAAAAAGAUUUCAGGUUUUUAUGUCAGUUUUUAAAAUUUUCUGAUGAAUCUUUAUGUAUUUUUGUACCUUUUUAUACCUUUUUCGUACCUUUUUGCCCAUUUUUUUAAAAGGUCACAACAUUAAUCAUUUCAAUUAACCUGUUAGUCUUAUUUUUAAUUUUUUUGUUACUUUUUUUGAAAUUUUUUUCGCAAGAUUUCAAUGUGACUUUAUUAAUUUUUAAGGAAUAAGCUCCAACUUGGAUCUUUUUUUGUCCGUAUUUUUUUUGGGAUUGAGACCGUUUCAGAAACUUUAUUAAAAACUAUAAAAAAAUUUUAGGAAAAACUUUUUCUGAAUUUUUUUCGAAGAGUGGGAUAUUAACAAAGGGCAGAUAAAUUAUUUCCAAAAAAUGCUCGAUUUCCAUUUUUUUACAAGACAAAAAAACAGGUAGAAAUCUGGUUUUUUUCUAAUUUUUUUCGAAAAAUUGAAGAUUUUAUUACGGAAAUUCAUGUCUUUGUUUCGUUAGAAAAGAUUAACCGUUGAAAAAAAUCAGGAAAAAAAUCGCGAGUUAUAUUUCGAGGAAAAAUUCUUAGAAAAAUUCGUAUAAAUUUAACCGUAAAAAAAUUUCUGUGCGUGAAUUUCAGGCUGAAAAAGCUACUCAAAAAAAUGACUUUGGUAAUUUGAAAAGUGAUAAAAAAACGUUAAAAAAAUGAACAAAAAAAGUCUAAAAAAAUCACGUAUUUUUCCAGGUCAUCGACUCGAUUUACACUCGAUUCCGUGCUGACUUUGCCAAGACGAUAAUUCGCGUCGAAACUCUUCCCGCAGAGGAGUCUGGCAUUUGUCAGGCUCUCGAAUUCCGCAUUGAAGAGUUCGUUUGAAAGUUUUUAGUUUGAAGGCGCAUAGACCAGUUUGUUGAAAAUAUCCCUUUUUCGGAGUUUAAAGGCGCAUUGAUAAGUCUUCUAAAAUCUUUCUUCACAGGUUCUUAAAGGCGCACUGACGCUUUUUUUUUUUGCAAGUUGUUUUAAAGGCGCAUGGAACCGUCUGUUAGAAAAUAUCAUUUUUAUGAGCUUUUAAAGGCGCAUGGACAAGUCUUUUGAUUUUUAUUUCUGUUUUUUAAAGGCGCAUAGACCAGUUUGUUGAAAAUAUCAUUUUUUGGGAAUUAAAGGCACACUGAUAAGUCUUUUGAAAUGUUCCUUUACAGGUUCUUAAAGGCGCAUGGACGCUGUUUUUUUUUUAUUGCGAGUUUUUUUAAAGGCGCAUGGAAAAGUCUGUUGAAAAAUCCACUUUUUUAUGUGCUUUUAAAGGCGCAUUGAUAAAUAUACUUCGAAUUUGAAUUUUGUGUUUUUAAAGGCGCAUAGAACCGUCUGUUGAAAAAUAUCAUUUUUUGAGAGUUAAAGGCGCGUUGAUAAGUCUUUUGAAAUGUUCCUUUACAGGUUCUUAAAGGCGCAUAGACCAGUUUGUUAACAGUAUUCAUUUUUCGCAGUUUAAAGGCGCAUUGAUAAGUCUUUUCAAUUUUAAUUUUGUGUCUUUGAAGGCGCAUAGACCAGUUUGUUGAAAAUAUCCUUUUUUAAGCUUUAAAAGGCGCAUAGAACCGUCUAUUGUUGUUAAAGGCGCAUUUAAGGAUCUUCUCUAAGUUUUCUGCAAUUUUAAAAGUGAAUUGUGAAAUUUUUUGAAAAUCCAUUUUUGACGCUUUUUGGACGCUCAAUUUGAAAUAAAUCGAUAUAUUACGUCCUUUUUUUGAUUUUUUAUGUAUCUAAUUCGAGCUAAAAUCAGUAUGAUUAUUUUUGAAAAAGAAUCGCGAUUUUUUUUCGCAGUAGGUUUACCAUUUUUUCUAUGACCCAAAAAAUGAUCUUCGUUUCGAGACCCUGCUCCUUUAAAAAUCGCAGCGAAGAUUUUGUAGUUUAUGAGUUUUCAGAAUCAAGUUUAUGGAUGAGAAAUUGCGAGCCGCCUUGGAGUCGAUCAAGAUUCAGCCGCCGAAACAGGAUGACUGGGAAAUGAACAAGUUUUUCGCUGUCAACGGUAUGUUUGACUGGAAAAAAGUGGGGUCGCAAUGGGAAUGGCUCAGCGCGUCGCGGCUGCGAAACGGUUUCUAGUGCGAUGUCGCGAAAUUAGAAAUAACCGCCAGAGAGUGAAAAAGUUAAUGAGUUUCUGGAGAGUCAGAGAUAAUUUUGCCUUUUGCAAAGUUUACUUUGAAAACGGUAUAGGUGUUUUGGUGAAAUAUUCGAGAAAAAAGGCUUAAAAUUAAUACCGUAACGCAUUCCAGCCAUUCUCCGUGCGACCAAAAAUAAAAAAGUUCGAAAAACCGAAAAAAAAAACACGCAUGGAAAUGCCCUGCGAGCAGCUGUUUUUCCAAAAAUAAAAUUUAUUAUUUUUUUUUUCUCGUAAUAACAGUGUCAAGAACUAGAGAACCGUCGGGGAAGAUACGAAAAACGACUUUUUUUGGUCAUAACUUUCCUGUGUGUAGUUUGAUCUUUUUGGAAAUUCAUGGAGUUGUGAUGAAAGUCAUUUGUAGCACUCUGGUUUUUCGAAAGAAGAAAAUAAACACGCUGCUUUUUAUAGCCCAUUCCGCGCCAGCUUGUCACGAUUUUUCGUUUCCCUCUGAGCUUCAGAACCCUUCCAUUCGAUGCGCCUAAUCCGCCUUUGCCCAUGCGCCUUUAAUAAACGGUGGUUUUGGGCGAAAUAAAAGGCGCAUCGAAGCGAAGCUUCAUGGAAGGGUUCUGUAGCUCAAAUGAUCAUAAACAUGGUGACGAAAUGGCGUGGAAUGGUGCUAUAACGGUUUUUAAAAAGAUUGAGGUCUAUACAUGGAUUUUUUGAGCAAAAAAGAAUUUCUUUAUUUUUCUAACAAUACUGAAAAUUUUUAUGUUUUGAAAUCGAUUUUCUAGGAUUAUUUACAGGUCUCACCAUAUUUACGGACGUUUAUUCGCCCUUGGCGAAUGUGAUUGUACGGCAAGACGGUUCUGAAAUUUCCACGUCCAUCAAUGAUUUCCAUUCUUGUCGGGCUAGUAGUGAGUUUUCCAUUAGGACUCGGUAAAAAAGCUGAAAAUGGAGUUUUUGUGAAAAAAAGAGACUUUUCCAUCGCUUUUUCAUCGAAAAUUUUCUUUUUGAUAAGUAAAUAUGAUGUAGAAAAGAAGAAAAUUGAACAUUUUUCCAGAAAAUAGGGCUGAAAACCCGAUAAAAGUGUUGUUUUCCUGGAAAAGAAGCUCAAAAUUAGCUUUUUUGAACUUUUAAAAAAAUUCAUAAGGCAUUUUUGCAUGGUCACAAACCCCUUAAAGGACCAUUUGGACUCAUCAAAAAUUUUAAUCAAUAAUCAUGAACUUAAGUGUCUUCCUCGUUUCAAAACGAACCCAGGGAUGUCUCAGAAUCGGAGUGAGUUUCGGAAAGGAUUACUGUAGAAAUAAUGAUCUUCAGGCUCUACAGUAACCCAAUAAAAUUUGCCCAAACUGUUGGAGAAACGAAAUUUUCCUUCAGAAGCAAGCCGCUGGCCGAAACUGAGCAAAAAGUGACUGAAAAAUGCCAAUUUUGACUCAAAAUUGAAAUUUUUAGGUGAAAAUUGACACGUUAUUCGAAGGAUUCCAGGUCUUCAUUACCCCUUCUCAGCUUUCCAUCGUUAAAAAGUGUGUUUUCUAUUUUCAAAUUGUCCUAAUUUGAAGAAAAUUAAGGUUUGUUGAACUGGCGGCGUUUUCUGAACAAGAAAAGCUACAAGAAAAUGAAGAAAUCGUGAUUCGAAAUGAUGGAAAUGCAGCUGGAUCUUCUGAAGGUUAAAUUUGAGAAACUUAGGAUUUUAAGAGCUCAGAAUUGGGAGUAGGGAUUUGGGAACAGAAAAAAAUUUAAAAAUUGCGAGAAAUUAGCCUAGAAGUGUUGAAGAAUCGAGUUAAAAUUGAUCUGGAAAAAAAAAUGUUAGGCCCUCGGUUUUUCACAAGUUUGCCGUUUCAUGAAUGAAAUAAGAUGAAUUUUGCAAAAUUUGGGAUUAUGUUGAAUGUAGAGGUUCUGUAAAAAGCGGCUAGUCAAUUUUUUUCAAUAUUUGAAAAAGGUUUUCGGGGCUUUAAAAUACUUGUUUUUUUCAUUGUAUGACGAGUUUCGAAGCCAUUAAAAAAUCUCGUCAUUAAAUUGAAAAAAAGUUCACUUUUUUUCAAUUUAAUGACAGAUUUUUCUGAAUUUUCUUUAUUUUCGCUAAAAAAAUGAUCUCAAAUGUUUAUGAACACUAUUUCGCACAAUAUAUAUUUUAAUUUCAGGUAAAUUUUAAAAAUAUUGAUAUGAAAUUUAUUGGAAAAAAAUAGAAAUUUCCCUAUUUUCGGCUUCCAGUUUAUGGUUUUCCGAAACUUUUCAAACCAACCAAAAUUGAGAUUUCUACUCUUUUUCGAAAAAAAGAAGUUUCAAAAAUAUUGAAAAAUUAUUAAAAAAAUAGGCCGAACCGACCGACUUUUUCCAGCAUGCAAAACAUUUUCCGAUCGAGUCUUUUUUUAAGAUAUUGAGGACAGUUUUGUUGAAAAGCGCAAAUAAAAAUAAUUAUUCCAUUUAAAAAAAUAAUUGUAAAUUUUUGAAAGGAGUAAUUUUUUUUGUUCAAUUUUUUUCUCAAUUUUUUUCAGAUUUUCAUCGUGUUUUUUUCUUCCCUUUUUGCGCUAAUUUUUUUAAUUAAAAAAACCUCAAAAAAAGUUCAAAAAAAUCGAAAAAUUUAUGCUUCAAAAAAAUUAAAAAAACAUCUUUUUUUAAUGAUAUUUCAAUAAAAUCGCCAUGAAGUUUGAUUUUCUCAUUUUUCGCAAUUUUAGGAGGGUAGUUAAGAAGAGUUCAGCGGAAUAUUGAGCGAAAAAAGAGGUUUAGACAUUUUUUGAAGCAUUUUUUAACGCUAAAGAUGUAUAGAAUUUAGGCUCACUUUACACUUAAUAAAUUCAGAAUUUUUCUUAAUUUUCUCACACCUUUUCCGUUUCAGGAAAUCUCCAAAAAGAGGAGAAUUUCAAGACAAUCGACCUCAACGACUUUGGGCCGCCCGAAAACGACGCCGACAGUUUUUUUUUUCGCUCCAAUUUAUAAUUUUUUGCAUUUUUCAGAGAGUUUUUCGCUUUGUAUGAGCGAAAAUUUCAAGCUGAAAUUGACUUUUGCAACUUUUCUGGCUUAUAUUCCCCAUCACGAUUUUCUCUCAUUGGAAAACGUCUCAAAAGAGAGAAAUUACCAUCUCGCUAUUUCAGAAUUCGAAAAAGAGGCCGAAAAGUUGUUUUCUGCACUUUUUCGCAAUGUUUAUUGAUCAUUCCUCAGAUUUUUCGCUCUUUCGGAGGUUUUCGAAUUUUCCCCGGACGUUUCUUUGGAUUCAGUUCGUGCCGAGGCUGAUAAGUUGUACUUGAAGGACCACUUGAGGUACUUGGGACGAAAAUGGACUUAUUUUUAGGGGGGAGGAUUUUUUUUUUCAUUGAGAAAAGUCUGAUUUUUAGGGAUGUUAGCUGAUAAAGUUCCAAGAAAGCGACGUAUUUUGAGCUUGUAAAGUUCAAAAAUACCAUUUUAAAAAUCGAAAACCGAUUUUUGGCUUUCUCGGAACAUUUCUGAUCAUUUUUGGACAUUAAGAGCCUUUAAAGGAUUUUUUUCAGAGAAAGAAUUUUUUUUCAUCGAAAAAACGGCUGAUUUUUGAGAUUUUAGGCGUAUAAAUUUGAAAAAAAAAAACGGUUUUCAGGCCUGAAUUGUUUUAAAGUUAAUAGAGAAGUUGAAGACAGAUUUUUGAGCCCUUUUCAAUCAAUCAAUUAAUAUUUAUUGGUUGUUUUAGUCAGAUGGACUUUUCCAAAAACUUUCAAAACAGUUCGAUAAUAUAUGGGAUAAGUGCAGUUUUUCAAAGAGAUUAUUUUUUUGUUAUUUUUGUCUCCCAACCAGUCAAAAAAUACUUGGGGCUAAAAAGGGCCUUUUAAGAGUAAAAAAUAAUUUAUUCAUUGAAAAAAAAGUGGAUUUUUUUGAAGCCAAGGACUGUUUGGCUGAUGAAAACUGAACAAAAAUAGUUUUCUAGCCUAAAUUGUUCAAAAAAGUCAUUAGAAAAGUAGCUGACCACUUUUUAGGCAUUUUUAAACGCAUUUUCGAUCAUUUUUGAUUGAUGAGAGCCUAAAAAGGGUUAUUUUUUGAAGGAAUAGUUAUUUUUCCAUCGAAAAAAAGGGAUUAUUUGGAAACCUAGCAAUAUUUAGCUGAUAGAUUUUGAAAAAAAGUUUAUAAUUUUUUUGGGCCAUUUUUGUACCUUUUUUUCGAUAUUUAAAGCCGAAAAAAAUGGUAAUUUUCAAAUAUUUUCGAUCUCAAAAUCAGUAAAAAAACUUGACAAAAUAUUUAUUUUUUUUACUAUGAGUUUGGAAUUUUUUUCCCAAAAACUUAUCUUUGUUUCAUACUCUAUUUAAGAUCCAUAAAAAAUCAGCAAUAAAUGAUACUUUGAUUAUAAACAACUGAUAAUGAAAAAUAUGCCGUUCCGUGUAAGUUCUCUGAAAAUUUACUUUUUUUUUUUAGGAUUUUUGCAUCUUCUGCUCAUUUCUCAUACUCUUUGUACGGUGCCUACAGCUCGGAAUGUUGGAAUAUUUGGACGGAAAUUUGUCUCACCAAAUGUGACUUCUUGGAGUAUCUCACUGAGGCCAGCGUUCCGGUUAAUAAUUUUUCCUUUUUCAAAAAAAAAGGAAUUUUUUAGACGUCUAAUGGACCAACCCAUGUUCCUUUACUGAAUUUCUCGGAUCCUGGAAAUAAUCCAAACUUGAAAAUUAUCGCCUCCACGUCUGCAGAGGCCGAAGGAAAGGUAUGGGAUCAUGGGGGGAAGAAAAAAUCUCGUUCGAAGCAAAUUACUUACUUUAGAAUAGUUGAAAGGCUCCGCUGAAAAAAAUGCAAAAGUUAUCGGGAAAAAGUCUUUUAAGCUUCCCCCAGAGUCUUACAUUCCUUGGCUUUUUCACAGUUUUUCGAAUCUUUAUCUGAUCCCGAGCUUCCCUGUACAAUAUUUACGUAUAAAAAGUAUAAGUUUCAAUCGAAAAACCGAAUUUGAUCAUUUUUCAGACACCUAGUUGGAGUCGUCCAAAAAGUCAUUUAUGAAAAACUUGAAAAACUUUAUUUUAAAGCAGUUCAAGCAGUUUAUUGUUCAGAAAUUUUCAAUUUUUUCAAAAGUAUUAUCAUCCUCAGGAAACUCGCCUUGAAAACAAACUCAUACUAAGUUCAAGACCGAAAAAAACUCGUCCGAAGAGUCAUUUUUUAAAAUUUUCGGAAAUACCCAGCCCUUUUUGGGGCUUUUAAAGCGUACGGAGAGCGUUUUGACACGUUUGGAGGACAUUUUAAGAAGACGUACAUUCUAGAAGCUUGGAGGUCUAUUUUUUAGGGAAAGAGAAGUUUCCAGAAGCACUUGGAAGGUUCUAGCACGGCGUUUUUUUUGACGACGCCCCGCCCACUUUUCAUCCGUAAAGUGUCGUGUGUCGUGUGCAUGCACUGCGCCGCUUUCGCGCAGAAAAUUGCGUUUAUCUAGAGAAAUUUAGAUUCCUCUUAAAGACCUCUGGCAAUACGGCGGCCUGCGCCUUUAAUAAGCCCUGUUAUUUACGUUCUUAGAGCCGAAAUCUCUGUUGUUCCCAUGACGUCACGUGGGAACGGCGGAUUUUUGGUUUCGCAUUUUCUUCCACUGAUAAAAACGCCGUUCUAGAAGGAUUUGGAACGUUAUGAAAUAAUGUGGAAUUUUUUAAAAGCGGAAGAGUUAGCAAGGAAAAAAACUUGUUGGAAGGUUCUAGAAGGAGCUUGAAGGAUUUAUCUAAAUAUGAUGGAAACAACUGAGAUUACUGUAAAUUGCACAAGCUAUCGAUUGAUUUACAUCAUACCUAGUAAAAAAAAAUCAAUAUUUAGACACUCAGGCUAGCUAAUUACUGUAAACCGCAGGGAAUGUCCCAUAAAAAUCAUGUGUACGAUUAAAAAUAUUCAAAAAGGGGUUUUUUUCGCUGUUCUUUUCGGAUAAUUUGAUAUAAUUUUGAUCAAAAUUGGAGAAAAGCUUCUUCAACUCGAUCCAAAACUUUCAGUUCACAAUCGAGGCUCUUAUCAGUUCCUGCGAAACGGAGCUGGAUCUAUCAAUUCUCGACCGAAUCUCCGAUUUUAUUGUCCCUCGACCUUUCUUCGAUAAAAAGUGUAUUGGAAGGUCAGCUCAAAAAACAUUUGAAGCAAAAAAAGAUUGAAAUUUUUCCAGAUCACAUCCCCAAAGCAGUAUUCUGACCACGGCGGACAUUGAUAUCGUUUGUCCCGAUUGGAAAUUGAACUUGAGGCAUUUUUCCUACAAAAAUAGGCUUUUACCAAGAUUUUUCAGGGUCCCAAAGGCUAAUGAUCAUCAUCACCAACGGCUAGUCCAUCCAGAAUCUCUCAAGUUCAAUUUGAAAGGAGUGAAGGCCAGAUUUUCGAAAAAUGACUCAAUUUCCUUGGAUUUUUCCUGUAAUGAAGUGAAGGGUUAGUCAUUGAAAACUGACUUUUUGAUUUUUGAGAGAAUUAGGAAAAAUUGAAGGAAUUUAUAAGCUUUUAGGUGGUCCUACAGAAUCGAAAAAAGAAAAGAAACAGAAAAAAAAACUUUGAAAUGCUCCUUUAUUCAAGAAUUUCUGACAAAUUGUAAAUCCAACUUUUUUUCCAUCCAAUUUUUGUCUUUUUCAUCACAAAAAAAUUUUUUUUCAUUAAUUUUUUUAAAAAGUCCAUUUUUUUAUUCAAUAGAUAUAUAGAGAAAGAAUGACGGAACCUUCUUUCAAAAAGGUUGAGCUUUCAAGUUUUUUUGUGAAAAGUUGUCAUAAUUCUGAAAAACUAUUUUUCUUACAAAGAUGAUAUUUUACUUCGAAUUUUGGAAUUUUUCUGAUAAUUGGCCAAAAAAAUCACAAUGUUGCAAUUGGAGGUUCUGGAAGUUUACAUUUUUGGGGAAAAAGAGCCGAUUUCGGCGGAUUUUUAUGGUUUUCUACAAUUUUGAGGCCUUUUUAUGAUGGGAACUAGGAAAUUUCGCAGUUCCAGGAACUUUUUCUAGUGGUUUUCUAGCAAUUUUUAAAGUCUAGGAGCUUUUUCUAGCAGUCUUCUGGCAGUUUUGCAGUUUUAAGAUCUUUUACUAGCAUUUUUCUAGCAGUUUUUCAGUUCUAGGAGAUUUUUUUUUAGCAAUUUUGGCGUCCUAGGAGAUUUUUCUAGCAAUGUUCGAGCAAUUUUUAAGUCCUAAAAACUUUUUAGCAGUUUUCAAGUAGAUUUGCAGUCCUAGGAGCUUUUUCUAGCAAUUUUGCAGCCCUAGGAACUUUUUCUAGCAGUUUGAAGAGUUAUCUGGCCAACUUAUAUAAAAUUUAACGAAAAAAAUGCAUUUUUCUUACACGAAUUUCAAUACAAUUUUGAAUGUAAAGUCAAAAAAAAGUUGGUAAAAAGGAGCUUUUUCAAUAUUUUCAACAAUAAUUUAGGUGAUUUCAUCAGCCCGGAAAUGACCGAAACUGAAGAAUCUCACUUAUUUUAUGCCACUAGCUCGAAAUUGAGAAAAAUCGGGUGAGAAAUCUUUAAAAAAAGCAAAUUCAAAAAUUGGUUCAGUAUCAAAGUGGAAUACGAUCCAAGGAAUAAAUGUUUGGGAAAUGAAACGUCGGAAAUAAAUCUGCCGACUUGUGAAAUGUCGCUCUCUGCGCCGGUUUUGGCGGCUCGGAAAAAGCGCGAAGGACCCUUUUCUCAGAUUUCGAGGGUUUUCAACGAUGAAGAGGUUUUUCAGGACCCUGUAGUUCAAUUAUAGUGUUAUAGAAUGUUUGAAAAGGUUAUUUGAAGCAUAAAAAAAAAGUCGCGGAAAAAUUCAUCUUUCAAAAGUUUUCUUGCAAUUUUAGCGGUAUACCGUAUAACUGAAAUUCGAUAAAUGAAGACUCUUUUAGAGGAACUUUUUAUUUUAAUUUGCACCCAAAAAAAUAAGGAAAUUGUGUUUAAAUUAUUCAGUACGACUUAGUAAAACGAAAGAGUUUCAAUUUUUGUUCGAAUUUUUUUUUAAUUAGAAGUUUCUAUGAUGGUUCUACACAUGGAAAUUUUUUUUGGCCAUUCUCCGAAUAUUCUUGAGAAAUCUACAGUCAUCAUAAAAGUGGAUUAUCAGAAAACGAACAAAAAUCGAAAAAAUUAUGAUGUUCACAUUGCAUUUUUUAACGAAUUUGGUUUUCUGAGCUGGGUCAGGAUUUUAUUUUCAGGGUCUCUAUUUUCAAAUUCAGAUUAUCGAAGCCGGAGAUCGAAAAGAGAUGCUCGAAUUCCAAGCAAACUGCAUCAAAAUGUCGACUUUUACUGUUCGAUUUGACGUGCCACUCCUCCGGAUCCGCCUUCCUGAGAAGAAAAACCUGGAACUUAUUUAUAAUCGGCUCCUGAACGACCUGGCCUUGUGGAAACCUGCGGCUCCAGCCCUUCGGAUCCCGGAAAAUGACGUCAAAAUCAACGCCUUGAACUCGAUCCAAGCGUCGUCGAGUCGUGAAAGUAGUCUUUUUAUGAGUUUCAUGAAAAAACGACUUUUUUGUCUCAUUUUUCUCUUUUUUGUUUGGGAUUUUGUUAUUUUUUAAGUUGUUUAAGGAUCAGUUUCUUGAAAAAACGACUUUUUUUCUCAUUUUUUUGGGUAUUUCGUUAUUUUUUUAAGUUGCUUAAGGUAUUUAGAAGCAGAAAAAGUUCGUCGUAGAGCCGGAAAUUGAUAUUUUGCAAAAAAAUUGUUACAAAAAUAUUUUUUUGAAUUUUUUUUACUGUGUGUCUUUUUGAUAGAAAAAAAGAUUCUCAUCUAAGAAAAAAAUAUUAAUUUUUCCAAGCCAGGAUCUUUUUGAAUAUGAAAUUGAGAAUUGGACCUCUUCAUACUUCAAAAAAAUGAUCGAAAAAAAUAUAACUUUUUCAUUUUUACAUGCUCAUUUGGUUCAGGAGAAGCUCAAAAAAAUUCAUUUUUUCAUUUUCCAAGACUUCUAGCUAUUUUUUUGAAGAGAAAAAGUUUGUUUUCGAUUUUUUUGAAAAAGGUUGAGAAUCCAAUGAAAUUUUGGUGAAAGAUAAUGUCGAAAAUCAGUGGAGAAAUGACAUUUUUUGCUUAUUAGCCGAGUUAUAAACCCUUGAGUAGGUACUUCAGUGGAAAAAGAGGGUUUCUAGAAUUUUUGAUGAUUCAGGGUUUCACUGAAAAAAAUUUUUUUUUGGACUGAUUUUUUUUUUCUUUUUUCACGGCUGUCUUGAGCCAUCGAAAAAGGGUCCUGACACGAUAAUGGACGAGAUAGCGCCUGGCUCGUGGAGAGCGCAGACAAGACACGCCCCCUUAGCGUCCCAAGCUGGCCAUGAAUCAGCUAUAGCAUUUGAAAAUUUCAAAACCAGAUUUUUACGAUUUUUUUUUUGCUUUUUUUCUGCUUUUUUCAGUUCCCUUCUCAGAAUUUGAGCUUUUCCUAUCCAUUUUAUCCCCUAAAAUCCUCGUCUUCCAGACGACAUCGACGUCUCUGAAGAUGUGGAAGAUGAAGAAGAAGAAAAGGAGGACUUUGACCGAAACCGUAAUCACAACUUCUGCCUCACUUUGAACAUCCACAAAGGCACUGUCCUAUGUGAAACCGUGGUCCGAGAGGUCUUAAAAUCCCAAAUUUCAACCCAAAUCCGACUUUUGAGAACACCCAGCAAGUUGGAAACGGACAGGUGGCCCUGGAUUUCCAAGGCGCUCAUUUGGGAACGACCUUUGGGUAUCACGGCGCUGAGAAUCACACUUUCUUCCACUUCACGACCAGGAAAACGUCCAUUGGAAGUUCUAGUGAGUUUAAAUAAUGACCAGGCUUGGGAAAAAUCUUGGAAAAUGGUUUUUGAAAGGGUUUUUGUGAAAAUUUGUUAGGGUUAGUUGAGAAAUUGACGAAAUACUAGAGAAAUUUCAUUUUAAGGCGCCUCAAUCCUAGAUUAAAAACCAAUUUUUCCCACUUAGCGUCCUUUUUUCACAUAUUAACUACUCUGAGGGGACCCUAGAGGGGCGAGAAAACCACUUAAGGGAUCACUAAAUGACUCUAAUUUUUCGCGAAGCUUCAAGGCUUCAAAAAUCGCCUGAAACGGCAAAUAAGAGUCAUUUUUUUCAUGUAAUAUGAAACCUGGAGGCUUUAAAGUUUGAAAUUUUGAAAUUUUGUCGAAUUUUGAUAUUUUUGAGAUUUUUUUUGAAGAGUCGGAGAUCGGGAUUUGAUUCUAAUCAAAGAAAAAUAUAAGGCGAAAAAAUUAAUUUUAUUCAAAGUUAUGUUUAAUUUUAUUUCUAUUCUUUUUUUGGUUUUUUUUUUACUCUUGUUCGACUACUUUUGACUAUAGUUAACCUUUUUUUACAAUAGAUCGACCCGAUGCGAUGAAAAGGACACUGGAAGCGAAGGAUUUCGGAAAAUGGACCCGGGAAGAAACCCAAGCGGAGUUUGUUGAAGCAAACGAUGAACUCAGUGUCGGGUCAACGAAAGAUUCACUUGGGAUAGCUCUUCACUCCCAUUUUAAGCCUGAUUCCAAUGUUAAGGUAAUCUUUCAAGGGCUCGGCAUCAAUAUUAAGGAAAUCAUUUUGAGCCCGAAUUCUUUGUUAAGUAAAAAGUGUGCUUUUAGGAAGAAAAAAGGUCAGUUUAGGCCCGAUUUCGACGUUAAGAUAAAUAUUCUAGGUCUAUUAUAACUUUUGAGGCAUCGUUUUGAGCCCGAAAUCAAUUUUGAAGCGAAAAAUAAGACUUUAGAAAGAGAAAAUGGUCGUUUUAGGCCCGAUUUCAAUGUUAAGGUGAUCAUUUUAGGUCCGAAAUCAAUUUUAAGGCAUAAUCCUUUUGAGCCUCAAAACAAUUUCAAGCAAAAAGUGCGCCUUCAGCAAGAGAAAAAGAUCAUUUUCAUUUAAAGAACAAUUUCGAUGUUUGGCUGAUAGUUUCAGGUCCGUUAUAAAUUUGAAGGCAAUUUUAUUGAGCUUGAAAACAUUGUUAAGCAAAAAGUGUGCAUUUAGGAAAAAAAUAAUUUUAGGGCUCGGUAUCUAUGUUAAGGCGAUCAUUUUGAGUCUGAAAGCAAUGUUAAGAAAAAGUGAGACUUUAGCAACAAAAAAAAAUCGUUUUAGGCCCGAUUUGGAUGUUGAGACAGAUAUUUUGGGCCUGUUAUAACUUUUGAAGCAAUCGUUUAAGGUCUGAUAUAAAUUUUCAGCAAAAAGUGUGCUUUUAGGAAGAGAAAAAUGGUCCUUUUUGGGCUUUUUAUCAUUGUUGAGGUGAUCAUUUCAGGUGUUAUAUAAAUUUUAAAGCAAUUAUUUUAAGCUUUAUAUCAAUUUCGAAUGAAUAAUGAUUUUAGAACUAUGCUUUCAGCAAAACAAAAUGUUCAAAAAGGUCUUGAUUUUCAUUUUUGACCAGUUUUGAAAACGCUGCAUGGCCCAUUUUUUUCACUAUAUCCCAGAAAAAAUGUUCAAAAUCUAAGUUUAAAAAAAAUGGGAAAAUUCUUAAAAAUGACGAAUUAAAAUAAAUUCACGCUCACGGAUGUUCGCUUUGUAGGAGUUUUUGGUUAAAAAUUUAGAGCUACGUUAAAAAUUUCUAAGCGCUCCCAGUAGACUGUUGAAAACUCAAGGAAAAGCUCGUUUUUUGAUUUUCCAAAAUCGAUUUCUCUAGGUUUCAUUUUAGUAGAUUGCUAGAAUCACCAGGAAAAUCUUAUUCGAAAUCGAAUUUUUCCAGGAUGUCCUCCUUGCCGUCGCUCUCAGAAACACCCUGUUCCAUGCUCGUCAUUUUGAAGACGUCGGCCAGUUUUGGGCGGCCCAACUCGUCGAAUUCUUCACCUUGGAGCAUCAUCCAGUUCCUGAGACUCCCUUGAUCACAGUACUUGCAAUUUUUAGCUCUAAGGAGUUAGGCAUUUUCAGCCGGACUUGCGUUUCGAUUUGGAAAAUGUUGUGCUUGGAUACGACCACGUUUGGGUGAAUCCGGAUAGCGAUGCUAGGCUUCGGUAAAAAAGAUUUCUUGAUAAUCUGCCAUUCUUGUAUUCUUUAUUUAUCAUACGUCGACUGGAUGAUCGCCCCAGAGAAGUGCGGCUUGCCUCAGUACAUUUUCAAAUUUAUUUUUUGCCCGCAAAAGGCAGGGGUGGAAUCAAGCCGAUGUAUGGUAUUCAUUAACUUCUUUGUGCGCUCAUUUUUUUUAUGAUUUUUUGAGUUUUCUACAAAUUUAUCCUACAAGGCAGGUCAUUGUAGGUCAUACUCUGGAACUUUCUGAAAAUUGGCCAGAUGGUUUCUUGAUGUACCGGAUGAAAUUCUUGAGAGUUUCAGGCUUCAAAACUUCCUAUUUUUCUAGAAAUACGGGCUCUCUGUGUUCAUUUACUCCUUUGUGGGCUCAUUUUUGAUGAUUUUUUGAGUUUUAUGGACAAAGUUUUCCUACAUGCGUUUUUCGAAUCAAAUUUAAAGCCCCCUGUAGGGCCCACUUGAGCUUUAGGGGCUAAGGGGUCAGACCCCUAUCACCUCAGUUUUGCCCCUAUAGGGACCGCUUUUUCGGCUCCUAGAGGGAUUUUUUUCCCCCCUAACCCCUAUAGAGGCCACUCUGAAAUCAUUAAGGUUGUACCGAAGAAGGCCUUGAAAGUUUCAGUCUUCAAAACGUUUUAGUUUUGUGGAAAAACUGGCUUAAAGCUUGAUACCAGCUCAUUUUGACGGAUUUUAAUAUUUUGCUCCGACUUGUAACCGUAUUUUAUUGGAAGCUAGGAAAUCGUGGAGGUUUAUAAGUCUCGAAUCUUCUUUAGUUCAUUAGGCGUAGACUUGUUCUGCGCCAUUUGGGUUUAGGUUAUCAGUUGCUUUUUUGGCUUAUUUUCAGAGAAUUUCAGAGCUUACAUGGAAAUUAUUCCUCUUCUUGGGUGUGAAAUGUGAAAAAUGAAAAAUCUCAUCAAUUUAUCGAGAAAGGAUAAUUUUCAGACUCGUUUUGGGCGACUGUAACUUCAGCAGCUCGUUGGUUCGGGAAAAGAGUGUUUCCAAGGUACUUGAUCUGAAACGUUUUGACACGCUUUGAAAUUGCGCGAAAUGGCUUGAAAUUUUGCGGUUGGCUAUUUUUUUAGUCAGUAAAUAGGAAGAGGGAUUAGUACAGGGAUGUUUUCAAUCAUUAAUCCAAGUUUUAGAGUUCAAAUCGAAAAAAUAAUUAAAAUGUUCAAGCUCCCCUUGCUACAGGAUAAAAUAGUAAGAACGUACGGUUUUUUUCCAAGAGUUGGAAACCAUUCUACCACAGCUUAUAGGAAAGAAAUUCCUCAGAACCUUCCUUUUUCGAAAAGAAGAAAAGAGCGAAUCGAUAGAUCAUCACUAAGGUUUGAGCCGAUACCUGGAAUUUUAAAUUCUGAAAGGUAUUCAUACUUUAUUCGAAGCAUUUGAACUAUCUUUUGACGGUAAUACCCUAUUUUAUAUUUGUAGCUCAUACUUCAGCCUCACUAGACAUUUAGAGCCAAUUACGACGUUUCAAAUCAUGAAAUAUUGACUAGGAGUACAUUUAAAAAAAAUUGAAUGUUCAGACCCUCUGCGUUUUUGAAAACUCGAGUCUUUUGCUCAGCAACGAGUCUCCAAGAAAACUUGCCCGUCUGGAUGAUUUCAAAAAUAAAAAAGAUUUUUUGAAAGUUCUGGACGUUGGCCUGAUGCAACUGGAGGUUUAUAUAGCUUAUAGAAAAAUUUUAAAACACAAAAAUUAAGGUCAUGAUCUCAAUGACGAAAGACGAAAAAAUCCCACUUUUUGAGAUCAAGUGCAGUAACGACAUUGUACAGGUUAUAGAUUUUUUGAUUUUUCUGAAAAUCAAGAAAAUUCAUUCAGAUGUGGGCCUGUGCCGAUUCCCUUGCCUUGCUUGUCAAUGUUUUGUCGGAAAUGUCCGAGGUUUACAAGUUCCGGACGACUCCUCCGAAAAAAGAAAACGAGCAGAUUACCAGGGAAUCCUCAUGUGAACCUCAAGUCGAGGUACUUGGUUCAAAAAUACGAAUUUUGAAAAAAUUGGGAAUUUGAAAGUGAACUUAUUCAUGAAGUUACAACAGAAAAAUCGUGACCAUAACCCUGGAGAGACCACUUGAAUUUCACCCCUAUAAGGAUCACUUUUUUUCUGCCCUUGGUUGACUUGGCUUUGAAAAAAAUAGACCUUUUUCAAAGCCAAGUCCUUCUCCCCCUAGUUUUUUUCAUAUAGGGACUUUUUUUCUCCUAACCCCUAUAGGGACCACUAUAGCCAGUUUAUCAAGUUUAUUUGGAUUUGAAGUAUAAAAAGUAUGUUAGAACAUUUAUAGUUUAUUAAAGUUGGAAAAAAAUGGGCCUUUUUUUCAUCUAGAUCAUAGGCGACAGCCAAGCCCCCUCCUUCCUAAUUAGAUUAUUUAUACAUCGACUUUUGACUUUUUUUAAAAGAUCGGACUAGCACCGUCCAGCCUGAAAACACUUUUUUCACGAUUUUUGCGAACCUCCCCCCUCCGUUUUCUAUUUUUUUAUUGCUAAGCCCCCUUUUCAGAUCCCACCGAGACUAUCCCAUGUAUGCUUUAAAUAGAGCUUCAUACAAAAAAAGUGUUAAAUGAUAUUUUUUUGCUCAAAAAAAUAUUUAAAAAGUUCCUAGAGAAAAAAUUGAUCUACAAAAGCAAGUUCUAUGUAGAGCACAACUUGAUAAAGUUUCGAACUUCCAAAAAAAAUAUUUCGAUCUAAAGUCGAAAAGUCAAAAUUUGUGCUGACGAAACUGCAUAUCUAGAAAUUUCCUUUUUAUUUUUAUUAAAAAUCCUACUGUAAGUCUAGAAUAUUUCCUUGUCUGGGAGGUGCCAAAUUUCUUGGCAAGAAUUUCCUGGUUUGAAAAUGGUCAUUUUUUUCUUUAAAAAAAUAAAUUUUCAAAAUUUCAAACCAGUGUGCAUUGAAGCUAAGAAAAAAAUCCAGUCAAAAAAAUGAAUAUUUUUUUGAUUUUUUUCAGGAACAAGAAGAAUUGCCACCCCUCGUUUUUUUCGACCUCCGAGCGGAAAGUCUCCUUUUCUGA